CCCUAAACUCGCAUCUUCUGUUAUCUCUCUCACACUGCAAGAUCAUAGCAUCAAAUUUCACUCUGAAUCCUUUCGUUCCAAUGGAAACUCCAUCAUCCACCGCAAGAAGAGUCACAAGAUCACAAACCACAACCAUUGCUGCUGCUUCCAAUUCAAGGAAGAUUGAAGAACCGGAGAAGAAUAUGUCGAAAUCGAAGCAAAGAAACGGGCAGCAGCAGGAUCGGGGUGCGCUGAUUGACAUUUCCAAUGAUUCGCCGAUUGUGGGGCUGGCCAAUGGUGAUCUUGAGACGCCAGUUUCGUCGUGUGCGGCGAAACAGAGGGGAAGCCGGGUGAAGAUGACACCGGGUUCCGGUGAGGCCUUGCUGAGGGGUCAGGUGAAGACGCUGUUGCAGAAGGUGGAGGAAGAAGCUGAGAUUUCCAAAAUCGCGGUGGAGAUUCGCCCCUUUCUGAAAUUUGCUAACUCUCCUAUGUCACUUCUUGCCCCUACUCCUGCAAACACUCCACAAAUCCCAGAUUUCAACACUGCCAUGGGUUUGGCUUCUGUGUCACCUUCUUCUGUUAUUCAAGAACAGUUGAUUUCUCAGGUGGUGAAUCAAGUAUUUGAAGAGAGUCCUGAAUCUGAAAAGACACUGAUAACAAGGUCCCUUCUCCUUGAUUUCUCAGACAAAUCUGAUGUUUCAGAAUGCUCCUCUGAGGUGACUUAUCAGGGAGUUAUCACUACUAGUAGUGAGGACAAGAAGCUCCAGAGCUCCACUGAAGAUGAUGGUGAUUCCAUCUGGUCAAUGCAGGUCAAUGCAAGCACUCAUGAUGAGGAUGAAUAUGAGGAUGAGGAAAUAGCUGAAGAUGGGUCUGUGCUUGAUGAACUGUGUGCAGGAUUGAACAACAUCAGUGUGAAUGAAAGGGCUGUUCCCAAGUUCAGUGGGAAGCACACAAGAUUUGUUUACAACAGUGAUGAGGAGCUUGUGGAAGAGGUUGAAGUAGUGAUGAGUGAAUCUGAUUCUUCAGAUAAUGUCCUGCAUUUGAUGGGGUUGCCAACACCAAAAGGAAAGCACCUUCGCUUUUCUGAAGAGGAAGAAAAAUCUGCUUGAUUCUUCAUGUGUUGUUGGUUUUGGGGGGUUGUCUUCUUUGGACACCACUUUUUGGCCAUUGUUUUGUUUUUCAAUUUCUGAAUUUGUUUCUUUUUUAGUUGUUUAAAUGGAAGCUAAGAUGGACCACUUUGUGUGGUUGAAUGCUCCAUAAAAUUGUUACUUUGAUCAUCAUCAAUUAACUGAUGAUACUACUAUAUCUUCGGUCUUUAAUAAUAGCAAUUGCAACUUUCUCCA